UUUUUUUUUAAAUGUGUGGGAGGUUUCUGACUUCACCUCAGCUGAGCAGCGACUCUUAUUUCAAAGCGGAACCCAAGUUGACUUUGAGCGGAGUGUGUGUUUCUACACGAACAAAUAAUCUCGUUUAUCAUCGUUACGUAGCGGAGAUGGCAGCCCUGCGAACGGCACUCCAUGGACGACUGGUUCAGACCCUCCCCUUUUCCUUUGGCUCACUGCGGUUCGCCAGCUCGUUUAAGGCUGCAGAUGUCGUCGUCGAACAAAACGCAGCAUGCAAGCCGAAGCCCGACCCAUCCACCUUGGUGUUUGGCAAACAGUUCUCCGACCACAUGUUGACCAUCAACUGGUCGGAGAAGGACGGCUGGGAGGCUCCUGAGAUCAAACCUUUCCAGAACCUGUCACUGCACCCUGCCAGCUCUGCCCUGCACUACUCCAUAGAGCUGUUUGAAGGCAUGAAGGCGUUUCGUGGUGUCGACAACCAUAUCCGUCUGUUCAGACCCAUGCUGAACAUGGAGAGGAUGCAUCGAAGCGCUGACAGAAGCUGCCUUCCUUUGUUCGAUAAAGGUGAAAUGCUGGAGUGCAUCAAGAAGCUGGUGGCGGUUGACCAGGAGUGGGUUCCCUACUCCCAGGACGCCAGUCUCUACAUCAGACCCACCUUCAUAGGAAUUGAGCCGUCCCUCGGUGUGUCUCCGGCAGGAAAGGCUAUGAUCUUCGUCAUCGUCGGCCCAGUGGGACCUUACUUUGCCACAGGGUCCUUCAACCCCGUUUCUCUGCUGGCGGACCCUUCAUUUGUCAGGGCAUGGCAAGGAGGCGUUGGGGCCUAUAAGAUGGGAGGUAACUACGGUCCUACGAUAGCAGUCCAGAAUGAGGCGGUGAAGCGCGGCUGUCAGCAGGUCCUCUGGCUGUAUGGAGAGCAGGAGGAGAUCACCGAGGUCGGCACCAUGAACCUCUUCAUCUACUGGACCAAUGAGAACGGAGAGAAGGAGUUGCUGACCCCACCUCUGGAUGGCAUCAUUCUCCCAGGAGUCACCAGACAAUCUCUGCUGGACCUGGCCAGAGAGUGGGGUGAGUUUAAGGUGACGGAGCGCACGAUGUCCAUGAAGGAGUUGCUGGGGGCUCUGGACACUGGGAGGAUCAAGGAGGUGUUCGGAGCAGGGACAGCCUGUGUUGUCUGUCCUGUUGGUAGCCUGCUCUACAGAGGAAAGAUGUACCAGAUCCCGACAAUGCAGAACGGUCCGGACCUGGCAAAGAGGUUCCACAAAGAGCUUACUGAUAUUCAGUAUGGACGCAAACCAAGCGAAUGGGCACCGCUGGUCGUUUAAACGGCCGUAUUGCACAUGCCAAGUUGUAUCAACAGUUAGUCCCAUAAUUCCAGUUUGGACAACCAGCAGCCCCCCCCCUCACCCAACCUCUCAACCCACUAAUGCACUCCUGCUUAACUCACCUACCGAGAAGACGGACGCCUCUUUCUCUGUCCGUCUUCUCUGGCAACUUUUCCAGAAGUUCCUUUCUGCUCGGACUCUCAUAGGUAUAUGGUUGGUGGUUUGAAUGUAACAGCCCGCUUUGGAGCAAUAUUAACAACAAUAUGCAAUGUUCUGACUUGACGACAACCCUUAACCUCGAGGUAUUUACUGUAAAGUAGGACAAACAGCUGUCAUUGGAAAGGUAAAAAAAUAAGCAAAUUCAAGCAGUCAGAUGACAAAAGAUAUAAAAUAAUCAUAAAGAUUAGAUGUGACUAGAAUGAGUGCAUUCACAUCUCUAAUUGGGUCAAUUCGCUUAUAGGCUGCACUCCAUUCAAGUGUUUUGUCCUUUAUAGUCACUUGAUUUGUUCCUUGUGAGGAAAGUGCUUCGAGUUAAUAGCACAAACGCAUAUUUUCAUCAACACUGCAUUCUGGCAUUAACAAAAAAGGCACAAACUGACAUUUCAGAUGUAGGAGGUAAAGUAUUUGCAAUAUUGUUUGCGUGUGUAGAACUUAACAUUAGACGGCUUCUUGGCGGAACGCAAUCUGUAAGUACUGUUUCUCAACAACAAAUGUAUUUAAAAUGUAUUUCACAACAGGAAAAACUUAUUUUAACAAUAACCUGUACUACUUGCAGCAACCUGUGGUGUUUUCUCUGAAACCUUUUAACUGUUACGUGUGAGUAGUGCCUGUAAACGCAUCAUAGGAUAUGUCUCGUUACUGUCGUGUACAUAAUGAUCUGCGAGUACUGCCGUAGUUUUCAUGGGGCCAUGUCACUUUGACACCAGUUUGCACUGACCUUGUUUUAAUGUCAGAUACGUAUCUGAGCGUGACUCCGCUUUAAGAGAGGAAACAUGAGUGGUUUUUAUGUUUGUUGGUUUUGUUAGUUAAGAAUACGACUGCACAAAAACGAAAGAUUUGAGAUUUUUUUUUAAAAAGGCGAGGUCUGAGUGAACUUUAUCACGCACAAAAUGGUCGACAGAAGGCCUACACGCUGUAGAAGAGAAGGACUGUUGGAUGCUGGCAGUAACUCCUGCACUAGUUUGUGUGUUAGCAUUAUGAAAACAAUGUAUUGUAACAAAUAGAUUGUUAUUUUAGAGGUUUUUAAUGAUUUUGAUGUGAAAUUAGUCCGACUGUCUUCCAAAGUACUUGACUGUGUGGCACUAGUGUUUUUCCUUUUUUUUUUUUGGAAUGUAUUUUUAUUUUUACACACAUGCUAUAGACCUGUUCCUCUCUCUGUCUAAGUGCCUGACCUGUUAGCUCGUUCUUCUGUGGAUCUUCAGCUGCUGCUUUGUUUGUUUUCCAGUUUGUGCACUAGGGGAUAUAGCUGGAUUCUUUAAGUAAUGUCAGUUUAGUUUUUUUUUUUUUAAAUGUGCUGUUACUUUAACUCUGUUGUUGUUUUUACAAUAAACCUGAUCUGAAUUCA